UUGUUGGCCAGCUCUAGUUGCGCUUCGCUCAGUGCUAAUGAAAAAUCGAAUUUUUCGCUUCAAAUCGAGUGAAGUUAACACGGGCAAAAGUAUUACAGAAGUUAAACUCAAGCGGUUACACAACAUGCAAUAAGUAGAUUAUUUACAUAGAACACACUAAGCCUAAGCAAGAUACUCGCCAGCAACAAAUGCCCAUGCAUGCUGAGGACGGAGCUGAAUCUGAUGAUGAGGAGUCCAGCACAGGCAGACAGUAGCAUCGUAAGGAUCAUACUACAAAUCUGGGGCCCCUAGAGAAGUCAAGUCAAUUACAACGCCAGAAGCCUUUUAUGUUAACCGAUAGUGGAAAGGGAAAUUAAGUUUCUGCUCAACUAGCCUAGAGAUCGAAAUAUUAAGAAUACAACUAAAAUGACGGUCGAUUUCAACGAUUAUUUUUGGGGGGAGAAGAACAAUGGCUACGAUGUCUUGUACCACAACAUGAAGUUCGGCCUGAUUGCCAGCAAGGAGUUGUCCGAGUUUCUGCGCGAGAAGUCAAACAUUGAGGAGCAGAACUCGAAGAUGAUGUCCAAGCUGGCGCACAAGGCUGGUACACUAAAUAGCACAUUUGCACCUGUUUGGACCAUACUGCGAACAUCGGCGGAGAAGCUUUCCACGCUCCACCUGCAGAUGGUGCAAAAGCUGACCGAGCUGGUCAAGGAUGUUGCCAAGUAUGCCGACGAGCUGCACAAGAAGCACAAAUCCGUCAAGGAGGAGGAAUCGCAGACUCUUGAGUGUGUCCAAGCCAUCCAGACGUCGACGGUGGCAGUGCAAAAGUUGCGCGAUCUGUACGCCAGCAAGGUCCAGGAGCUGGAGAAGUUGCGCAAGGACAACGGCUCGCACAAGGAUGCCGAGAAGCUGGAGGGUAAGCUGAAAAAACUGCAGGAGGAGUACAAGGCCUUGUUGGAUAAGCAUAACCCCAUUAAGAACGAAUUUGAGCGACGCAUGACCCAAACCUGCAAGCGCUUUCAAGAGAUUGAGGAGGUGCACCUUCGUCAAAUGAAGGAGUUUCUGUCCACGUAUCUGGAAAUGCUGCAGAACAAUCACGAUAUGGUGGGUCAGGUACAUUCCGACUUCAAGAGGCAGUUUGUCGACAUGUCUGUUGAUAAACUGCUGGAACAGUUUGUGCUCAAUAAAUACACGGGUUUGGAGAAGCCAGAAAUGCCUGAACUAGAGUACGUGGCCUUGUCGAGUGGUUCUCGCCUCCAGCAGCCGCAGGUCUCGGCCAGCGCGUCGAACUCAAAUUCGGCCACCAGCAUUCAGGCUGCUCUGCGGACUGGAAAUGCAGCAACGACUGCCUCGGGCAGUGCGGUGUCCAUGGAUCAGCGGGGCGAUGCCUUGGCGGCAAUCUCUGUUGGCAGCGGAAGUGCAGCCAGCGGAAGUAUUCCCUUUGCUGAGGAUCCGAUACUGGGAGCUAUGGGCUCUCCGCGUCCCACAUCGCCGGACAUGCUGGCGGGAGCAAAUGCAUCUGGGAUACAACCGCAGCCGACUGGUGGAGCCACAUCCACGGUGAAGAGUCUGCGAUCCUGGUUUUUGCCCACUGCCAAGCAGCAGCCGUCUGCAGGCGCCGGAAAUUUCGGUAUGGGCGGAAGUGGUAGCACCAACAAUACCACCACCACGACAACAGCAAGCAACAAUAGCAACAACUUGAACACCAACAACACAACAGCAACAACUACAACAACAACUGGCACGAAUAAUCUCACCACAAAUAUCACCAAAAACUCCCCUAAUUCUGAGGAUACUAGCAAUCAAGAUCAGACACAACAGCAACCGGCAGAGGCCUUAACUCCAACCGCAAGUGCCACUGCAAUUGCAGCGGCGAGUGCGCCUGGGAAGAAGCAAUUGAACGCAACGACAAGCGAGCAACAGCUAUCGAAGUCAUUAAAUGAGCAAGAGCACCUACAACAGACUGCAGCAGCUACGGCAGCAACAUCUGCAGCAGCAACAACCGCCACAACGACAACGUCCAGACGUGCAACGUCACUUUUAAAUAUAUUCACAUCAAACUCUCAGGUCUCUGGCAUUUUACGCAGUCGUCGCGACAAGACAAAAACUAAAAAGGCUAAGAAAAAGAAAGACAAUGAGGCCGCCGAGAACAUACAGGAAGAACGCCUCACCAGUUUGGAUCGAGGCAACAACACGCUGUUGGACUAUGACGACCAUGGGCGCAGCAUGAAGACGCAGAAUUCCAGCGGCAGUAGCGCAGGCGGUGGCCUGGCCGCCCUGUCGGUGACCUCAGCUCAAGGAAGCGUGGAUUCCGCAGGUGCAAGUAGCAUGGGCGGCAGCGGUGGUGCCGCCGUGGCCAGUGGGAGCCUUCCCAAUGCGGGUGCGCUGACCAACUCGGCUUCGACCACGGCUGCGGGCGCCACAAGUGGCACCGGAACUGGCUAUGAGGUGGAUGAGGAGGGAUUCAGCAUACAGCCUGCUAAGGAAAUAGCGUGGGAGGAGGGCCAGGAUAAGUCUGGCAGUUUCUAUUCCGACUCGGAUACGGACUCCGACAACGAUAAGCAGGAACGCCGGAUCCAUGUGAGCAUUAAGCCCUUGAAGAAUGGCCAGGCGCCCAUGUCGGCCAGCGUGGAUGAGCUGCGUGCCACCGUGGAGAACAUUUCGCUGUCCCCAACUGGAGUAUUUUCACAUCACAGCCAGCAGUUGCAAGCAGCCAGAGGAGCUCCGGCGUCGCGUCAACAGUCGCCUGAAAUAUCGAAUGCCUCCACUCCCACGGCCAGUGUGCAUCCCUAUGCCCCGUUGCAGAGUCCCACGCUGUCCAACAAUAAUAACGCAAACACCACGACCAACAGUCGCUAUGCCGAUCUUGGCGAUAUCUUCUCAGAGUUGGGUGACAUGAGUAUGUCGGCGCCGUCAUCGGCGACGCUGGGAAAACCGCCCGGAAGACAAAUACCAACACCGACGUCAGCGUCAACAGGUGGAAGUAUAGCCAUACCACGACCGCCAUCGCGACGCUCUGAUAUGAUUGCCAUUGGACCGGCGGCAACAGGGACAGCGCCAGGACGCGGCAGAAUGUCGCCGGCUCCGGUGACGGCCAUGAAUCGAGCCGAGAGCAUUGGCAGUCUGGAGUUCCGUACGGCCAUCGGGGGAGUGGGCUCCUCGCGAGGACCCUCUCCACUCACAAUCGGUAUUUCGGACACCAUACCGCUGGCAGUGGCAUUCCACGAAAUCAUACACGCAUAUUUCCGGGGCAGCGAUGAGUCGCGCUGCCAGGUGAAAGUGUCCGGUGAUAUGAUGCUAUCAUUCCCAGCUGGCAUUGCCGGCCUUUUAGCCAAUAAUCCAAAUCCAGCCAAGCUGGGUUUUCGCAUUAAGCACGUUCAGAAUCUGGAGAACCUGGUGCCCAACGGAAAACUGGUCCAAAUAGAUCGCCAGCAGUCGAGUUCUGUUAGCACGAUGCUGGAGUUCAAUAUGGGUGCUUUAACGGCUCUGCUCCGAAGGCAGGCGGAGAAUAACCCGACAGCCUCCUACUUUAACGUGGACAUACUCAAGUAUCAGGUGCGCACCAAGCCGGGAGCCAGCUCGUGCCCUUUCCAACUUGUCAGCUACUGGAAGUGUGAGUCCAGCUACACGGCCCUCAAAGUGGACUACAAGUACAAUAACCACGCCAUGGCCAGUGCCUCGCCCCUUCUGAAUGUCACGCUCUCGGUGCCCGUCAAUGGAUCUGUGCGCAAUGUCCAGUCGAAGCCGCACUCUGCCUGGUUGGGAGAAUCGAAUCGUUUGGUGUGGAACUUCACGGACAUCUCGCAGAAUUCACAAGACGGCGGAGUGGGCACUCUGCGGGCACGCUUGGAGCUCAACGAUGGUCCGUCUACACCGGCACUCCUGGCCACCCAGUUCAACUGCGAGGGCACCACACUUUCAGGCAUCGAGUUCGAGCUCCAGGGCAGUGGCUAUCGCUUGUCGCUGGUCAAACGGCGCUUUGUUUCCGGAAAAUAUGUGUGCGAAGGCGAUGGCAUUCGCAGUGGAGCUACACCCACGCCUCCGUCGGUCGGUUCCACCAGUCCGUACUCGGCGAAGUCAAAUUAGUUACUCCCCACUCAGUAGACGGCAAAUGGGAACGAAAAAUGGCCAUAUGGCAAUAGGCUCGUGAAAAACUAGAGAAAUUUUUGUAACUAAUCUUAAAUAUGAGACAACCACAUACACCCAAACCAUAUUUAAUUAGGCACACGAAUAGAGGAGCCUGCAUAGUUUUCUCAGAGCUUUUUAGUAUAACCCCCAUACUUGAUUUCGAUUUGGACAACACAAUGCGGAAUGAAAUUGACAAACUUUAACAUUUCCACAGAUUGAAGCAUGACAAGAUUGAGGAAAAUCGAAAUUAUAUCAAUUGGCAUUCCAGCAAUUGAUAGCCAAACGAAAUCGAAAGUGGGACCUAUUAUGUAUUUUUGUACACACAAAAUUCUGUUUUUCACGCGAAAUGUUGAAUCUGCCUGCGGGAGGUCCGAAAUGCGGGUCUGCAAAAUCUGGAUGUAUUAUUUGUUAUAUAUACGUAUGCGAGUAUA